AGCCACGGCGCCAACCCCUGGGCCAAGGUCGCCGGCUCCAAGUUCACCCGGGACUUCAUCCUCAUCUCCGAGUUCUCGGAGCAAGUGGGGCCUCAGCCCCUGCUGACCAUCCCCGAUGAUGCUAAAGUGUCGGGCACUUUCGAUCUCAAUUAUUUUUCCCUUCGGAUCAUGUCUGUGGAUUACCAGGCUUCCUUCGUGGGGCACCCUCCCGGCUCUGCCUACCCGAAGCUGAACUUCGUGGAGGAUUCCAAGGUGGUGCUGGGGGACUCGAAGGAAGGGGCCUUCGCCUACGUCCACCACUUGACUCUGUACGACCUCGAAGCCAGGGGUUUCGUGAGGCCCUUCUGCAUGGCUUACAUUUCUGCCGACGAGCACAAAAUCAUGCAGCAGUUCCAGGAACUCUCCGCUGAGUUCUCCAAAGCCUCCGAAUGCCUCAAGACGGGGAACAGGAAAGCUUUUGCUAAUGAACUGGAAAAGAAACUGAAAGAUCUCGACUACACCAGGACUGUCCUGCACAACGAAACCGAGAUACAGAAGAAAGCCAACGACAAAGGGUAUUACACCACGCAAGCCAUCGAGAAGGCCAACGAGCUGGCCAGCGUGGAGAAGUCUAUCAUCGAGCACCAAGAUCUGCUGAAGCAGAUCAGGUCGUAUCCCUACAGGAAGCUGAAGGAAUCCGACUUCCACCCCUACGAGCCGGAGGGUGCGCUGGAUCAGGCCGAGGCGGGCUGCGAUCAGGACCUGCCUCCCUCCGACCUGGCUGAGCCCGGCGAAACGCGCCUUUACGCCCACGCGCCCUCCUACACCCCCAAGCUCAUCAAGGCCAAGUCUGCCAAGUGCUUCGACAAGAAGCUGAAGACGCUGGAGGAACUCUGCGAUAUUUAUUUUUUCACCCAAACCCUUGACCAGUUGCAUCAGAUCGAGAGGACUUUCAGGGGUGACGUGUGCUACCUCCUGACCGAGCAGAUCAGCAGGGCGCUCCUGAAGCAGCAGAGCGUCACGAACUUCCUCUUCGAGGAUGUGUCUUUUCUGGAUGAAAAGCCACCCGAAAACCAGUACGGUGGCUGCCAGGGGCUCAGCCAAGAUGCCAUCGAUAGAAAGUGUUUGGAGGAGUCCCCCGCUCCUAAAGUGGUCAUCAGCCUGGGAUCCUACAAGUCCAGCGUGGAGUGUGUGCCCAUCAAGAUGGAGCAGGAAAUCGAGGACACCCAAGACCCCAAAACAGCCGAGUCCGUCCCCUUCGAGCACCAGGACAACCUGGACUAUCUCGAUGCGGAUCUUAAAGGCAGCAUCAGCAGCGGGGAGAGCAUCGAGGUGCUUGGAACGGAGAAGUCGGCCUCCGGCUUGCCCAAAUCGGAGAGCCAGGCCAGCCUGCCCGUCAGCCCCAGCCCCCAGGCGGGCAGGAGCAAGGUGGGCAGCCGGAGGACCGUCAGCGAGGACAGCAUCGAGGUUCUCAGCACGUGUCCCUCCGAGGCGCUCAUCCCGGAGGAUUUCAAAGCGAGCUACCCAAGUGCCAUUAACGAGGAGCCGUACGCCGACGAUGAAGAGGGAGGCCUUCGUUUCACCCCCAAACUAAACCCCGACGAGCAGGAAGACGUUUCAAAGCAGGAGAACUUAGUGCAGGUUGAUUCCACCUGUUGUAUCGGGAAGGAGAGUCCCAGCUUCCUCGAGCCUCUGCCAGACCUGGGGCAGAAGCCCUGCGACGAGGACGGGGUGGUCAGGAUCCCCCCGCAGCCAUCCCGGCAGGCUGAGCAGGGGCUACGCGGGGGGUUCCCCUCCCCCGACGGCAUUUCGGGGGGGCUCCUUCCCUACGAGCUUGAUUCUCGCUACCUGACGGGCAGCAGGGAGGUCAGUAAGAGCAGCCUGGACGAGUGCUCGGACUCCACGAGCUACAUCAGCAGCGCCGCCUCCACGGGCUCCGACAGGACCCCUUCCCCCGCUCACCCCGCCUGCCAGGCGAGCGAAAGGCACAAAAAAAAGGCCGGCCAGAGCGCGCUGCGGUUCAUCAGGCAGUAUCCCUUCGCUCACCCCGCCAUCUACUCCCUGCUCAGCGGGAGGACCCUGGUCGUGCUGGGGGAAGAGGAGGCGAUCGUCAAGAAGCUCGUGACGGCGCUCUCCAUCUUCGUGCCGAGCUGCGGCGUGGACGCCAAGCCCGUGAAGCACUGGGUCACCUCCCCUCUGCACCUCGUGGAUUUCCAGAAGUGGAAGCUGAUCGGGCUGCAGAGGUAA